AUGGAGCCAGCCAGCGCCCUUCCCAACACCUCCGGUAACAGCAGCGGCACCAGCAGCGCCCCACACUCACCCGCAGCCACGGGGCUCAUCCUGCUGGCUGCCCUGUCCGUCCUGCUGGCCACACUGGUGGGCAACGCUCUGGUGGUGGUGGCCAUCUCCACCAGCCGGGCACUGCAAGCCCCACAGAACCUCUUCCUUGUGUCCCUGGCCUCAGCAGACAUCCUGGUGGCCAUCCUCGUCCUGCCCUUCUCUCUGGCCAACGAGGUGAUGGGCUACUGGUAUUUUGGUGGGCUGUGGUGCAGCCUGUACCUGGCGCUGGACGUGCUGCUCUGCACUGCAUCCAUCGGGCACCUCUGUGCCAUCAGCCUCGACCGCUACUGGGCCGUCACACGGGCGGCACGGCUCAACCUGCGCCGCAGCCCGCGGCGGGUCAAGGGCAUGAUCGGGGCAGUCUGGGCAGCUGCGGCCCUGGUGGCACUGCCACCGCUCCUGCGGCCACGGCCAGGCGGGCGGGAGUGCCAGCUGAGCCAGGAGACCUGGUACGUGCUGGCCUCCUGCGCCGCCUCCUUCUUCAUCCCCUGCCUCGUCAUGGUGGCUGUCUACUGCCGCAUCUACCGCCUGACCGCCCGGCGGACAGCUGCCCUGCUCGCUGCCCGCUCCCCACACCCUGCCAGCGGUGAUGCAAAGGUGUCAGGAGUUGGGAUGCCGGGAUGGCGGCACCGGAGCCAGCACCAGAGCGUGUUGCUGUGCCGCCGGCGGCUGGUGCGUGCACGGGAGCGGCGCUUCACUGUUGUGCUGGCUGUGGUGAUGGGCGCUUUCGUGCUCUGCUGGUUCCCCUUCUUCUUCACCUAUAGCCUGGGGGCUCUCUGUGGGCAGGGUUGCCACAUCUCCAAGCCCCUCUUCAACUUCUUCUUCUGGAUCGGCUACUGCAACAGCAGCGUCAACCCCCUCAUUUACACCCUCUUCAACCGGGACUUCCGCGCUGCCUUCCGCCGGCUGCUCGCCGUCCCACACCGGCACCGCACUUAG